CUCACGUGAAUGUUCAACUUCAACUUGACCACCUCCUCAACAUCCCACGGACAUUCGUCGUCACCCCGACGACUCCGCUUAACACCCAAGGCGAUGAGCGCCCUCAGCUCGACACGAUCCCCGGCCAGUAAUGACGAACGCAAGGCAACAACCUCCACGAUUCCCCUUCGCAUCACCAAACGUGACUUUCCUCCAUCCGAGAUACGCUCACCGCAGCGCUCCGUCCUGCCUCGCCGCAAUUCCACCAGCUGGAAGCAUGUCAUCGAGGGCGGGCGAGUUUCGAAGUCCCCUUUCAAGAUUUUAGGCAAAUCGGGCGUACCUGUGCCGGCAAAACCUGCCGCUGCCACAAGCUCGCCUGUGUUAACUAUGCUCUCACGCAAAGCCAGCGGCGAGAAGCGACCACGACCACAGUCCAUGUCUGAGUCUACUGAGAACGAGCAUCCCGCACUUCGCAAGCGAAGACAAUCUCAAGGGCUGCAGGGUCUCACCAACAGGAAGCCCGUCUCGAAGAGUCCGUUCAAAUCUGUCAGUGUACAGAAUCAAGACGACGCUUCACCCGCCGAUGGCUCUGCACCAGAAGACGAGAAGGACAGUCUCCCACCACCACCUCCUCCCAAAGAGCGUUUUGAGACUGGGCGACAUUCCCCGCUGCCGCCACACCGCGGGUCGCCCUCACCAGCACGGCCGUCCCUCGUCUCGCGCCGCUUGCAUGGACCCCGCAGCUCACUAACAAAGCGCGCAAGACGGAAGACAGUAACGUUUGAUGAGACGUGCGACGUCAUGGAGUAUGAUGUGGAGGAGGACAGCGGCUCGCAGCCUUUUGAUUGGGUGACAGACGAGGACGGCGAGGACGACGAGGACGACGAUGACGAUAGCAAUGAAGACCACGAUCGACAGGAUAAUACGCACAAUCGUCCUGAUGACCCAAAUACCCAUGACCACGACCUCGACCACGACACCCACGAUGACACAGACCGUGGUCCCCUGCGCGUCCAGAACACGCACGGCGACCAUGCAGACUCUGAAGGCGAAGACGAACACCACGCCGGCGAUGACAGCAUCUCCGGCCUGGUUGACUCCAUGCUCGAAGACGCGCGACCGCUCACCCCACCACACGAUGACCAGGCCCUACCCGCUGAACUCGAGACUGAGGACGGCGUGCCCUACGGCCGGACGCAUCAUGCGGAACGGCUAGCAGACGCCCAUCACCGACGAUCGGCGUCCCCACUCAGCCACCAGCCUGUAGUGUUCCCUGCACCAAAUUCAGCGAUGUCGACGCCUGUACAUUCCAGACCCAGCUCGCCAAUCGGAUCCGUGUCCCCCGGCUCACGUAUCCCUCUAGGACGGUCGACACAUUCAGAAAGGAUGAAGGCGCAGAAGGAGAAGGAGGUGGUUGAGGUCGCGCAGGACGUGCGCAUGCUGCCGCCAUCGCCAUCACCUGCGAGACUACAGAGGAUGAGUGCCCCUCCGAGUUCUGAAGGUCUCAUUCCGCGCUUUACUCUUGACGUGACGAAGGGAGUAGCUACCCCAUCGACUUCCUUCGAUGCCGGCGACCCGUUCGGCGCGUCACAGCUUGGAGAUGGCGCCAAGGACGACGACGAUACUCCAGACGAGAGCGGAAAUGUCGAAGCGCCCAUGAAGACAGAGGAUACCUUCUCGGAUGCUGUCUUCGGAAUGGACGUCGAUAAGGCUGAGCCACGUUCGAGCACAGAAAGCAGCCACGGUCCCAUCACUCCAUCCACGUCGCCUCCACGAUUCGAGAUGGCUCUCGGAAACGCCAGCAAGGAGAGCUUGAGUCGCGUCUUGGGCACUCUUCAUCCGAACGGAAGCAGGGACAGUAUCGACCGUGUCCUCGGUAUUACCCACGCAAACGCCAGCAGGGACAGUCUUCCUAGCCGCGGAAAUCUUGAUAUGACGCAUGGAAACGCCCGUCGUGACAGCCACAAUCGUGACAGCUUCGGUAUGGUGCAGAGAAACGCCAGUCGUGAGAGUCUCAUCUCCCGCGGCUUCGCUACAGCGCACGGGAACCAUAGUAGGGAUAGUCUUCCCGGACACCUCUCCACGCCAAUCAACCUCGCCCGCUCCGCGUCACCGGGCGCGUACAACUCACCGUUCAGCGGCUCCCCUUUGAAUCGUCCACCAUCGCGGAGUGUUUCGCCAUUCAUACGUGCCGAGUCGCCGCUACACCGUGGCCUUCCACGAGUGAGCAGUUCGACCGAUAUCCACAGUGCAGGCGCGAGCCCGCCCAGUCGCAGCUCACCGCGCAUCACGCGCGAGAACGUGCAGAAGAUUCUCCAGAAGAGGCACAGUGUGGACAGUCCACUGCGUGAGAAUGGGGACAAUUCCUUCAGUGGACCGUCAUCGGCAGAGCGUAGACAUUCUGCAGAGGCCGCCACGAACUCACCUGCGUACACUCCUCAGAAAGGUUCCAGCCCAGCUCCGUCGCGUAUUCCUGCACUCAAGCUGACACGCGAUAACCCCACUUUUGACGGAGUUAUGCCCCUCGAUCCUGAGCCACAGCCCAGUGAUCCACCUAGGCCAUCAAUAACGCCGCGCGCUGCGAGUUUUGACGGGGCAACUGACGAAGCCGGUCCCUCCAGCCUCCCUGCGAACUCGAAAGAUCCCGAAGACCUUGGUUUCGUGCACCUCGGCGAUAUGAAGAGCGCGCUGGAUCGUCUCAUGGCCGAUGUCGCGGGGGAGGCGAUGAUGGCGCCGGACGGGAAGGCGGUGGUUGGGUUGAAGGUAGAGGCCGUCACGGAAGGAGUCAAGGCUGGUCGACAUUCGCUACCCGACGGGUCUGGAGAUGUUCCGAUGCACGAUGUCGUAUCCGAGAGUCCGGCUACGAUGGCCGCUCCAGAACAAGAACAUGAUGGCGACGCGGAAGUUGAAAAUACUGGUAUGCACAUCGACCUACCAUCGAUGGGCCCCGAAGCCCUUCUGAGCGCGAGCUUCCUGAGCCCCGAUCCCGCGUUUGAGCCUGCCGAGCCCGUGCGUCCAAUAAGUCCGCGGCCACCCGUGGUCAAAGACGCGAUCAAGACACGCGAGGCGCUGAUCAAGGCGAAGAAGCGUGAGGCGAAGAGACGGGAGGAGAGCAUGGAUGAGGAUGAGGUCGAAGGAUCGUCGUCAGGCUCAAGGGCCAUGUCUCGCCGCCCUCCUCUGAUGAGACGUCGGAGUUUAAGUACCGGUGCGGCCAACGACCUGGGACGUGCACAGGCUAUGCGCCGACGCGCCAACACGCUCAGUGAUGGCGGGCUUCUAGACAAUGUACCUAUUGGGGACGAGGAGGUUGAUCCAUUAGCCCAUAGUAUCGAUCGCGAGCUAACCAGGCUAAAGGGUGGACAUACGAAAUAUCACGUUCGACAGCGGAGCGAGAUCAUUCAUGCGUCUUCUGAGGAUGGGCAUCUAGGUGCAGCUGGUGGCAUGGCGUGGCGGAUGGUUCGAAAGCCAUCUGACAUGUACGAGUACGCGCAGCAGCUGAAGCAGCUGCAGGCCCAACAAGGCUCUAGCAAGGCAUACGCCAAAGUCUUUGUCAAAGUCGCUGGCAUCAGAGCCCUCUCUGUUCCUGUGCCCCAACAACCGACGGCCGUUAGCUGCACUCUGAAUAAUGGCAUCCACUUUGUUACUACUCCAGAAUUCCAGCUCGGCAGGGAGUGUCGCAUGAACCAAGAGUUUGAGCUCAUCGAACAGAACAAGCUCGAGUUCACGCUCGUCUUCAAAGUCCGACGCGAUCCGCACAUCAUUGCCCAGUUCAAGGCGAAUCAACCCCCUCCUCCGGUGCCAAUACCGAAACAGGCACCCCCACCCGCCUCCAAAGGCGGCCUGCGCAGUUUCUUUCGAGAGAAGAGACCUAGCAAACCAGCACCGCCGCCUCCCCAGCCGCCUCGGCCUCCUCACAAACUCCAGGAGAGCCUCGCCCGGUAUCUCAAACCCGACGGUACCCUUGCACGCGCGUUCGUCGCGUUCAAGGAUAUCGCACGGCGGUGCGACGCUCGGAUAUUCGAGACCACCAUCCCCCUGAUUGGCCAGAGAGCUGAAGAGACAGAGCAGCCGAAACCUCUUCAGAUUGGAGAGGUCGUACUUCAAGUCUUCCGCCUCCCUCCACUCCCUGGUAUUCCUCCGGAACUUCUUCCCGGAAGCCUCGAGGAAUGCCACCGUGGUAUGCGCAAUACCGCGUGGCAUAAAGUCACGUAUCUCGAGGGAACGCUAACACAGAAUGGCGGUGACUGUACGUCGUGGCGCCGGCGACAUUUCCGCAUCAUCGGCUCCAGCCUCGUCGCAUUCAAUAACGUUACUAAGAAGGCGACGGCGACCAUUGAUCUCAAGAAGGCUGUUGCUCUCGAAGACGAUAAGAUGGCGAGAGAUGGUGCUCGGAGUCCAACGGAGCCCAUGUCGCCGCGGAUGUACAACUUCGUCGAAUUCGACGUACCGUACGGCAUUGAACGAUCAUUCCGGAUACUGUUCCACAACGAUCAGGAGAUCAUCUUCUACGCUGAUUCUGAUGAGGAGAAGAAGCAAUGGCUGGAGGUGUUAAGUGUUGUUAUAGGUCGCAUACCCGAUAACCCCUUGUGGGCAGAGCUGCUUUGGCAGCAACAGCAGUCAUUACAAAGACAGAACCAGCAGCCACCGUCAUCCACACACAGACAAACUCUAAUACCGGACUGAUCCCGCGGUCUUAUUUUGCUGCCAGCUUUCGCUUUCUCGUCUGUCUCUACCUUCUUGCACUUACCAGCGCCAUACCCCCGCAUAGUCAUCUUUGUACAGCACCUGUACGCCUACAGUCCGCGUGCGGCUCCUGGUGAACAUAUGCUAUUCCGAGCUUUCGUCAUCUGUAUCCAUUAAUCACUACAAUCGCAGCUCGUCUCGCAAUCCAUGCAUGUGUUAUGUUUGAUACAAUGCCAUGUCAUCUUUAACACUCUUUCCU